CUGCGACUGUCGUUUCACGUUAGACCACAGCCAGGGCUGCUUCUCCCACGCAGCAGCACGAUGUGUUCAGUUCUUCCCCUGCCCUGGCUUCUGAUUGGGAGCUUGGCUGCUGGAUAAGUGACCUCCAGGACCCUCGCUCUGGUACAACAUAUUUGUACAAUUCUUUCUGAAAUUUAAGGUGCCUGCAAGAGGGGUGUGAGGAAACAAAAAGGACCUAGCAUCCCCAGGUACUGGCAACAGAAGCCAAUAGCAUCAGAAGUCAAUCGCAUUCCAGCUCAACUGGCAUCUGCCCAUGAGUCCCUUCCCAACAGGCUGCUUGCUGCCAUGAAGGAGCUUCUUCAGUACGCUGCCUGCUUCUUGGCCAUUUUCUCAACUGGGUUUUUGAUCGUGGCCACCUGGACGGACUGUUGGAUGGUGAACGCUGAUGACUCUCUGGAGGUGAGCACUAAAUGCAGAGGUCUCUGGUGGGAGUGCGUCACAAACGCUUUUGAUGGAAUUCGUACCUGCGAUGAGUAUGACUCCAUAUAUGCAGAACACCCCUUGAAGCUGGUGGUGACUCGGGCACUGAUGAUCACAGCCGACAUUCUAGCUGGCUUUGGAUUCAUCACCCUCCUCCUUGGACUUGACUGCGUGAAGUUCCUACCGGAUGAGCCACACAUUAAAGUCCGCCUCUGCUUUGUUGCAGGGACCGUAUUACUCAUCGCAGGUACCCCGGGAAUCAUUGGUUCUGUGUGGUAUGCUGUGGAUGUUUACGUCGAGCGCUCCUCUCUCGUUUUACACAAUAUAUUUCUCGGGAUCCAAUAUAAAUUCGGUUGGUCCUGCUGGCUCGGAAUGGCUGGGUCUUUGGGUUGUUUUUUGGCUGGAGCUCUCCUCACCUGCUGUUUGUACCUCUUCAAAGAUGUUGGACCUGAGAGGAACUACCCUUAUGCCAUGAGGAAGCCCUAUUCAACUGCAGGUGUUUCCAUGGCCAAAUCCUACAAGGCCCCUAGGACAGAGACAGCCAAAAUGUACGCUGUAGACACGAGAGUGUAAAAUCUGCCAAAUAUUAAUCUGUGUUCCUGUGUUGUUUAAUUACUCAAUCAAUGUGUUCAAGUUAAUAAAAUAAAUGAUCGACUUUGGGGCAUUCAUUUACAUUUCCGAUUCAAACUAAUUAAUUGCUGGUUCAAUCAAAAUGUUUGAUUGUGCUGUCAUGUCUCCUAUGGCUUUCUGUACUGCACCCCCCCAAGUCUGCAUGCAUUUCAAGUUGACAUUGAGAGAAUGUAGAAAUGUGUUUCAGGUAUCUUUAUUGCUUUUGGAGAUUAUGGCAUAGUAAUAUUAAAGUGAAGUGAUGCUUCAGAAAUGCAUAGCAAUUUUAAGGAGGUUCAAGUCCUAAUUUUGAAAGGAUAGAGGAGCUCUUAGCUCACCCUGACUCGAAGCACAAUUUUAAUUCUCUGAGGGUAUUUAUCAAUGACUUGAAGGAAGGUUAUUGUUCUAAAUUUAAACUUGUAUAUCAGAAUCUAACAUACUCAAAUAUU